AUGCACACAGGCAAUACUUCUCCAGGAUCAGACAACAUCACGGUCAAUCUUCUCAGAGCCGUGUGGCACGUCAUCGGGACACAUGUCCGCCGCUUGUUCGAGCGAUGCCUCAACAUAGGCCACCAUCCGAGACCGUUCAAAGAAGCAGAGAUAGCCAUGGUCACCAAACCCGGACGCCGUGAUCUCACGUCGCCUCGAGCCUGGCGACCCGUCUCUCUAUCCUCUUGUCUCUCGUCCUGCCCUCAGCAGGCCGAAGCGCUCCAUAAGGGGUCGGCGACAGACCUGGUGGCCGCCCUCAUCCACGACAUCGAGGAAGCGUUUGCACGCAACAAGGUCGUUACACUAGUCACGAUGGACAUACAAUGUGCGUUUGACACCGCGCUCGUCCUGCGAGUUCGACAACAAGCCUGGCCAGACCAUGUGGCUCGCUGGGCUGGUUUGUUUAUGGACGGCCGGUCCGCGCGCGUCAAAUACCAAGACAAUGUGAGUUGGUGA